AAAUAUGAAUUAUUGUAUUUUCGUGUUUUCUGUACUUUUAGCUUUGGAAAUUAGUGCAGAAGAUGUUUGGAAAGUUAAUAAAAAAUGUACUUCAGGUGGACAAAUUAAAGAAAAUGAACGAAAUCAGGUAAUUUCGAAAGGCCAACAAGUCCACAUAGAAAAUAUUUGCAAAUUUGUUAGAAAUCAAAAACAUACGGAAAAAGAAAAAAACAAAUGUAUGAGAUUUUGCAAAAAUGUUUGCAAAGGUUAUAGAGGAGCUUGUGAUGGCGAUAUUUGCUAUUGUAGUAGGCCCAGUAAUUUAGGUCCUGAUUGGAAAGUUAGCAAACAAUGCAAAGACCCCAAUGAACAAGAUUCUAGUCGUACAGAAAUAGUGCCAUAUAGGAAACAAUUAGCAAUUCCAAAUAUUUGCAAAUUAAAAAAUUCAGAUGCCAAUGAAGAUUCUAAAUGCAAAAAACAUUGCAAACAAAAAUGUCGUGGUGGAGAUGAUGCUGGGUGUGAUGGAGAUUUUUGUUAUUGUCGACCACCAAAAAAAUAAAUAAAAAUAAUAAUAAAUAAAUUAUAAUUGUU